AUGGGCGAAGCAAUGGAGCGCUAUUGUGGAGGACAUCUCUGUUAUGGGCCACCAAUCUCGGAAGGCUUUUACUAUGAUAUGUGGAAAGAGGGUGAUGCGAUCACUCCGGAUGAUUUCCCGAAACUCGAGCAAAUUAUCAAAUGUGCUGUUAAGGUAAGUUACUCUUAA